AUGCGUGCACCUACACUUAUCCCUGUCCUGCUCGUCGCUGCUUCUGCGGCGCCCGCGCUCGCUGCGCCAAUCCGCGGCGACUAUGACUCCCUGAUGGUCCGAGAGGUGUACCCAGAGGUGUACGAGCGCGAAUACCUCGAAGACUACUACACUCGCGAUGACGCAGGCGAGUCUCCCGAGGGCGGCGACGCCUCCGGAUCCGGAUCCGCACACGCCGCGGAGCCCGCCAGCUCUGCUCCGAAGUCCAAUGAUGCCGGCUCGGACCCCGCCAAAACACCCUCCGCGUCCGCGCCCACGAAGACCUCGUCCCCCGCCAAGCCGGCGAAGUCGUCUGCCCCGGCGAAGCCGGCCUUCAAGCCCAAGAUCAACUGGGGCAAAGGCAUCAUGGGCGAACUCGGGAACAGCUUCAUGUCCAUAUUUGGCCGCAGCGUGGACGACGCCGGGGUCGUUGAGGAGCGCUCGGUUGACGAUGAGGACUUCCUUGUUGCCCGCGAUUAUGAGGAGGACCUCAUGGCGCGUGAAUUCGAUGAGGACCUUUACGCGCGUGACUUUGACGAAGACAUGUUCGCGCGGGACUUUGACGAAGACCUCUACGCGCGGGAGUACGACGAAGACCUGUUCGCUCGCGAUGUCAAUGAGGAGCUCUACGCCCGCGAAUUCGACGAUGAGUUCUGGGUCCGCGACGAGACCGAGCCCCAACCUCACCCUCACCACCACCACUCCCACCCGAAGCCUGCGAACACUCCGACGCAGCAGGAUAAGGGAGAGCUGGGUGUCUUCCCCGAGAAGAGCGAGCACAAGCCGCAGGGCGAGCACAAGGUCCACUCGGGCAACUCCUUCAGCCAGGCGCAGCGCCCCAUGCAGGGCGUGCACCCCAAGCGGGAGUUCGUUGACGAGCUCAGGGAGCGCAUGGAUUUCUAUGAUGAGCUUGACUGA